AUGGGUUUUUGUUUGGUCCACUGUGUAGGUGAAACACCUCACCACUGCAAUUACUGCUCGAAAUCAUUCACGCGUAAAGACCACAUGGUUUACCACGAGCGUCAACACACAGGAGAAACGCCGUUCCCGUGCCAGUACUGUCCGAAGGCGUUCACUCGUAAAGAUCAUCUGGUUAACCACAUCAGGCGGCACACCGGCGAAUCGCCACACAAGUGCACUUUCUGCAUGAAGUCGUUUACCAGAAAAGAGAACCUGACCAACCACAUCCGUCAGCACACUGGCGAGUCGCCACACGCUUGCGAAUUCUGUAAUCGAACCUUUGCACGCAAAGAACAUCUGAAACGUCACGUGCGCCAGCACGCGCCGGGGGCAGAGUACAAUUGUAUCAUCUGCUCCGAGGUGUUCUCUGCCAAGGAACCGUUGCUCGAACACAUGUUGACCCAUCCCCGCGAUUGUCCGUACGUGUGCACCGACUGCGGCAAGGCGUUCCGCCUCAAGGGCAACCUCCUGUUCCAUCAGAGGUCCCAUCAGAAGGGCAUGCCGGCCGAUCGUCCGUUCCGGUGUGAUCUGUGCCCCAAGGAUUUCAUGUGCAAAGGACACUUAGUGUCGCACCGGCGCAGUCACACCAAUACUAAACAACAAUUUCAGUCUGGACAAUUUACAAAAGACCACGGCACCAAUGCUUCGUUCAUGUUGAAACACUUGAUGAAGCAAGAGAACGUGUCGGAAAUGAUCGGCCUGCAUCAGCCCCAUCCAAUGCCCCAGCACUCUGUCAGUGUGGGCACACAAGUUGGACUGCCUGUUCUUCCUCCGCCUCCAAACCUCCAUCUUCCCCCGCCAACCGCCGCUAGCCUAUUAGCCGCAGUCACGUAA